AAGUAAUCUGUGACGUCCGUGGCUGUGGUAGGUGUUGCUUGUUUUGUGUUUUUUUUUAAAUUGUCCACGUUAUAAUAAUAAAGGUUGUUGUUUACUGUAAUCAGCCAACAUGUCGUACAUGUUAGGACAUCUCCACAAUGGCUGGCAAGUUGAUCAAGCUAUACUCUCAGAGGAGGAUCGAGUUGUGGUAAUUCGAUUUGGUCAUGAUUGGGACCCAUCGUGUAUGAAGAUGGAUGAAGUUUUGUACAGCAUUGCAGAAAAGGUUAAGAAUUUUGCUGUUUUAUAUCUGGUGGAUAUCACAAAGGUCCCUGACUUCAAUAAAAUGUAUGAGUUGUAUGAUCCAUGUACCGUUAUGUUCUUCUUCCGAAACAAACACAUAAUGAUUGAUCUGGGAACAGGAAACAACAAUAAAAUUAAUUGGCCUUUGGAAGACAAGCAGGAGAUGAUUGAUAUAAUUGAAACAGUAUACAGAGGGGCUCGCAAAGGAAGAGGUUUGGUUGUUUCUCCGAAGGACUACUCUACCAAAUACCGAUACUAAGGACAUGGUGUUCCAAUGGAUAUUAACAAGGAUAUCACUUUUAUAUUUAUGAGCAGUGUGUGUGUGAAUCUCUAAAUAUGUUACUUCUUACUGCUACAAGUAUGUGAAUAUGAGUUCAAACAGUUUGUGGUGAAAAUGAGAUACCAAAAUACUGAUAUUGAAUGGGAAUGUAAUUCGAUCAGAUACUGGACGCUAAAUGGGUAGUCCAAUAAACUAUGUCUUGGCUA